AUGACUCUUCCACCACCACCACCACCUCCACGAGCAUCUUUUGCUGCAUCGAAGCCUCUUCCUCCUCCUCCUUCUAACUCAGACUUUAGAACAGCUGUGAUAAAGAAUCAUUGGAAUGACCCUUCUAUGGAGAUUUUUCGCAAGACACUAGAUAAGCCAACUAUAGCCAUCCUAGACUAUCAAAAUGUCUCGUCCAUCCUGAAAGCUAAAUUAGACCUUUGUAAAUCGACUUUUGACAAUGGCCCACAAAAACGAAUUUUAGAUGAUACAGAACGUAGAAUUAGUAUCCUUCUAGAUGAAUUAGAGAAAAAAGAAUUCUCAAAUGAAGUUAUAGAAUCACUUAAUAUCUUAUCUCAAGCUUUGAAUAAGCAAGAAUAUACAAAGGCAAUUGAGGUACACACUCAGUUAAUGACAACACAUUAUCAAAAACAUGGAAACUGGAUUGUCGGAUUAAAGAGACUUGUUGAUUUGACAGAGAAAGCAAACACAUCUGUUUGA